AUGAUUUAUUUACUUCGACCAAAACAUAACCUAAAGCAUAUUUACAUUAAUUUUAUUAGAACAUUGAGUCAGUGUACCAUUGAAACAAUGAAGUUUUUAAAUGUAGCUGAGAAGAAUGAUGCAGCUAAGAAUAUAGCUCAACAUUUAUCACGAGGAACUUCUAGGAGACGCGAGGGACUAUCUCAAUACAAUAAAAUUUAUGAAUUUGAAGCUGAAGUAAUGGGUCAAAAAUGUCAAAUGGUGAUGACAUCAGUCUCUGGACACCUACUAGGACUUGAGUUUGUUGGUGCAUAUAAACAUUGGCAGUCUUGCAACCCCCUAGCUUUGUUUGACGCACCUGUUUUCAAAUACUGCCCUGAGAAUUAUGAAAAGAUUAAGAAAACUUUAGAAAGAGAAGUGAGAAGUUGCACAGGACUAAUCAUCUGGACAGAUUGUGACAGAGAAGGAGAGAACAUUGGUUUCGAAAUAAUAGAAGUAUGCACAGCAGUAAAGAGUAAUCUUAGAAUAUUCCGGGCCAAAUUCUCAGAGAUAACUGGAGUGUCUGUUUGGAGGGCUCUGCAAAAUCUAGAACAACCUAAUAAGAACAUUAGUGAUGCUGUUGAUGUAAGACAAGAACUUGAUUUAAGAAUAGGUGCAGCAUUUACAAGAUUCCAGACAUUGCGGCUGCAAAAAGUUUUCCCUAGAAAGUUAGCUGAAAGUCUUGUUAGCUAUGGUUCUUGUCAAUUUCCAACACUAGGCUUUGUGGUGGAGAGGUAUAGGGCUGUCGAAAAUUUUGUAUCAGAACCUUUUUGGAAGUUGAGAGUAAACCACACAAUGAACAACUUAAGUGUAGAUUUCGCAUGGGAAAGAGUGAGAUUGUUUGAUCAAAGCGCAUGUCAAUUGUUUCAUGACAUUUGUAUUGAGAAUCCAUUGGCAAAGGUAUGUGAAGUGAAAACUAAACCCAAGUCCAAGUGGAGACCUCUACCUUUAGACACAGUGGAACUUGAAAAACUUGCUUCAAGAAAGCUAAAAAUCAAUGCAAAAGAGACAAUGAGAUUAGCAGAAAAAUUGUACACUGGAGGUUUCAUCAGUUACCCGCGUACGGAAACAAACGAGUUUCCUAAGGAGAUGAACUUGGCACAACUAGUGGGGCAUCAGACAGGUGACCCUAACUGGGGGUCGUUUGCACAGAACAUUCUGGAUAGCGGGGGUCCAACUCCACGACAGGGCAAUAAGAGCGACAAAGCCCAUCCGCCCAUACACCCCACAAAGUACACCAACAGUUUAUCGGGCAAUGAACAGCGGCUAUACGAGUUCAUAGUGCGAUCUUUUCUCGCAUGUUGCUCCAAAGACGCCCAGGGUCAAGAAACCACGGUCUCCAUCGACAUAGCUAACGAAAAGUUCCACGCAAGUGGUUUAAUGAUCACAGCAAGAAAUUACUUAGAAGUCUACCCUUAUGAUAAAUGGUCCUCAAAGGAAAUUCAUGUUUAUGAAAAUGGCCAAACUUUUAAUCCAACGAGCAUAGAUAUUUUGGAUGGUAAUACAUCGCCGCCUAAUUUGUUAACUGAAGCGGAUCUCAUUGCGCUUAUGGAGAAACAUGGAAUUGGAACGGAUGCGACGCACGCAGAACACAUAGAGACUAUAAAAAAUAGAUCGUAUGUGGCGUUAGCGGAUGCUAUUCACUUUGUACCAGGCUUGCUCGGCAUGGGACUGGUCGAGGGCUACGAUGCCAUGGGCCUUACAAUCUCCAAGCCACAUCUACGUGCACAACUAGAAGCCGACCUUAAAGCCAUCAGCGAAGGUCGAAAACAACCCCAGCUAGUUUUAGCUGAGCAGAUAGCAAAGUAUAAAGAAGUUUACCAAACGGUGGCGCUGGAAGCGAAUAAAAUCGACGCAGCGCUGGCUGAAAGGUUUCGAGAACAACCCAAUGAGUAUGUUCCUUCGACCGAGUCUCUGCCCGUCAGUAUGCCUUCAGCCCUAAAAUGUCCUAAAUGUGGAACAGACAUGGUUGUACGACAGAAGAAGAACAAUGCGGACGAUUUAUACAUUAGUUGUAUGUCAUUCCCGAAUUGUAAGAACGCAGUGUGGUUGCCGAGUCUAGUCAAAUCGAUACAAGUAUUAAAUAAUACUUGUCCUACUUGUGGACCAAACUAUAAAAUGUUGAAAUUUGAAUGGAAAAACAAUCAGCUGAGUCAUUUGUACCCGCCCCCUUACACUGGAUGUAUCGGCGGCUGUGACAUGACGUUUUUAGAAAUGCUAAGAAUAAACCCAGCUAGCGUGAGACCUGUGUCGGAUAACAGAAAUCAAGUAGCAACACAACCACAAAACACAAUAAAUAGUAAUAGGACACAAACUGUGAAUAGUAGAACUAAUAAUAUUAAUAGUGCCAACACAAUUCCUGUCGCACCAGUGCGAGCAAACCCCAGACAGCCCACAGCUACCACGACACAGCCAAGGCAAUUUCUACCUCCGCCCACUGUAAAUAGAAACCAAAAUACAAUGAACAAUCAACCGAGAAUGCCCACACCAAGGAGUAAUGACGGUGACAAUAAUAUACUCUGUGGUUGUAACCAGCCAGCCAUUUUGUUGACUGUACGGAAACAGAACGCGAACCAUGGCAAACAGUUCUACAAAUGUCAAGUAGGAAAAGACAACGGCGGUUGUGACUUCUUCCUCUGGGCGCCUGAAAACGACAGCUCAAUACAGAAUCCGUACGACACGCCGCCGAAUAGUACGUGGGAUAGUAAUGACACGAGUAGUACGAGUAGAGGCUGGGGGAUUGCACCGAGCAAUCCAAGAAGCAGUGGCGGGAACAAUGACGAUGUUAUGUGUGACUGUGGGAUACCAUGUAAACGAUUGAUAGCCCAAAAAGAAGGACCAAAUAAAGGGCGUCCUUUCCACGUGUGUGUGAAGGACAUAGCUACAAGAUGUAAAUUCUUCCAAUGGGCUGACAGUGAAACUAUUCCAGAUUGGGGUGUAGGUAAUAGUACCACCAGUAAUCGUGGUAGGGGACGUGGCCGAGGGGGUAGGGGGACUCGCGGAAAUACGAGUAGGGGGGGAGGGGCGGUCCGCGGCGGGCCCAGGCUGUGCGGGCUUUGUAAACAACCCGGACAUACUCGGGCACGUUGCCCCAAUGCACAAUGA